AUGGCCACACUAUUCUCAUCUUUCUCUCUGCACUCCAUUCGCCCCUCUUCUUCAACAUUCCCUUCUUCUUCCUCUUCUUCUCCCUCCUUUGUCUUCUGCAGCUUUCCCUUCCGCUCUCGCACUUCAUCUUUGAAGACACAAACACUUAAGCAGCGUGUCGUGAAGGCAGUGGAAGAAGAAACCCAGCAAGAAGACCUCAACGCUGAUGAAAGUGAACAGUCAUCAACCUCGGAACAACAACCCGUUGUGGUUCCAAUUUCCCCAUCAGACACUCUCACCAUGUUCUUUCAGGCAGAAGGAACAGUGAGUGAAUCAGCUAUUCCAGCUUUAACCAAAGCUUUAGAGGAGACAGAAGGUGUUACUGAUUUGAAGGUUCGGCUUGCUGAGGGACUUGCAAUUUUAGAGUUGAAGAAACAAACAACUGUCCAAGCUACAGGAGUGGCUUCUGGUCUGGUAGAAACCAUACAAGGUUCAGGCUUUAAAUUACAGACAUUAAAUCUUAGUUUUGAGGAUGAAGAAGUUGCAGCUGCCUAG